AUGGAAACUACUCAGAAUAAUAAGACAACCUCUAAGGGAGGUGAGGAGAUCAAUGAGAGAACUGAGGAGUGGACAAAUUUUGCAGAUGCAGAUGCAUUAAUGGAUCCGUCUUCACUUCCAGAAGAAAGUUUUGAGUUAGACGAAAAUGGGGACGGAAGAGAUCCACCAUUAUCAAGAGAUCUUAUUAGGGAUAUUGAAUGGAAGGGGAACCUUUUGAAAGUAUACCCUUUAGACUACCAGAGAGUACCAAUUGUUAAAUACCAAGUGUUGGCUUGUUUUAUAAUGUUUGCAGUGUUUGGAUUUAAUGACCAGUCUGUAGGUACUUUGCUCCCAAAAUUGAUGGAAUACUACAACACUACAAAGGUUCAAGUAUCUAAUAUAUUUUUGAUUCAAUUAUCUGGUUAUAUAUGUGCCUCAUUGUUAAAUGAACGAGUUCAUAAUUCCUGGGGUAUGAGAGGUGGAAUGCUGGUGGCGGCAACGUUAUGCAUUGUGUUCUUUUCGAUUCUAAUGUCAAAGCCAUCAAAGUUCUCGAUAUUCAUGUUCUGUUGCUUUCCGUUGGGAUUAGGUAUUGGAAUCCUCGAUGCAUCUUGUAAUGUUCUAGUUGGGAAUAUGAUUGUACAUAAGAAUGAAUUGAUGGGUAUAAUGCAUGCCGUAUAUGGGUGUGCUGCGAUGCUGACCCCUCCAUUGGUAGCUCAUUUUGUUAAAUGGGGACAUUGGUCAAUGUAUUUUGUGAUCCCUUUCUCUAUGUCUGUUAUUGGCGCAUGUGUUAUUAUUCCAAGUUUUAGAUUCGAGACUGCAGCCAAGUAUCAUUACAUAUGUGAACAAGACGAAAAUGCUUCUACUCCCGAACCAACUCCUGAACCUACACCUUCAGAACAACCGCUUCAAAAAGAAUCGUUCUUUGCAUUACUAUCCAUGCCACCAAUCUUACUAUAUGCUUUAUUUUUAUUUGCUUAUCUAGGGGCAGAGAUCACAACAGGUGCAUGGUUCUAUACAUACUUACUGGAAACAAAAUCUACUGACCAAAUCAAGAUGUCGUACAUUGCCUCAACAUUCUGGAUUGGUCUCACUGCAGGGCGUCUUAUCUUAGGUUUCUUCACGAAGAAGGCAUUCUCUAAUGAAUAUCGUGCUUGUCGAGUAUACUGUGCACUGACAUUAUUUUUUUACACUUUAUACAUGGUUGUUGGUUGGAUUAAUAGUGAAUCCCUAUCUUAUUUGAUAUCGCUCUCCUUUGUGAUGUUCUGUUGUGGAUUCUUUAUUGGCCCAUUAUUUCCAUCAGCUAGUAUUGUAGCAGUACAAGUGUUACCAAAGAAGUUACAAAUCAGUGGUGUUGGGAUUGCAGUCGCAUUGGGUGGUUGUGGCGGUGCCAUCCUACCGUAUUCUGCAGGUAUCCUAACACACUUGAUUGGAAUCAAAUGGAUGCCUACACUUUGUUGGUUCAUGGUAGCUUUAUUUUCCUUCAUCUGGAUGCUUUAUCCAAGGUAUAUCAAGGGACACAGCGAUGUCCUUUGA